CCCAUGAGCCAUGGAAGUGAAGGAGGAGGUGAAGGAGGAAGGUUGCCAAGGGAGGAGAAUGGAUGAUGAGGAGGAUUGGGGCAACUGGAAAGCCGAUGGUACGAAGGACAACAAGGUGAUUCCACAGCCCCACUUCGAUUUCCGGCCUGGUGCCGGCGAGUCCUCGAAUUCCUGGCGGCGACGGAAGUCGCCAAACUCCUACGGAUGGAAGUCGCAGGGGUCCCAAUGGAAUCAAGGCAAAAGAAAAAAAGAAACUAAGAAGGACAAGAAGAAGAAGGGCAAGAAGGAGGCAAAGAAACUCCCGAAGCAACAACCGAAAAAGAACGAGAAGGCGAAGAAUCAGCCACCCCAGAUGCUACGUGCAGCACACGCAGAAUACCUCCGGCGGCAGAUGGCGAUGAAUCGGCGGGAGGAAGAGAUGGAUGAGCAGUUGGAGGUGUUCAACAAGCGGGUGAAUCAGCAGCAAGAACUCCUCCAUAGCUUGGAAAAAGCAGAUUUCUCUCCAGAAGAUGUGCCUCGGAUGCUGCAUCAAGCGGUGGCCUUGCAUAGCGGACGCCACGAGGAGGUGGUCGUCGAGGAAGAGGGGGCAGAGAUGGUCGGGAGGAUUCCGGGCUUAGGGAUUCGAGUCAGCAGCCCACUUCCUCAGGUUGGAGAUCUACCAAGCGACAGUGAUGACAUGACGCUGGAACAACUCGCCAAGCUCAAGCGCACGGACGAAGAUGCGGCGCUUCUAAAGCAGAAGGUGGCGAAGCACACAGUGCACGCCCUGCUUCUUCUUCACCUGGCGCUGCGAAUUGCCUGCGGCCGCUGCGAGAAGAAGGUGGCGGUGGUGCCGGGCCCUGUGGGGCGCGGGCCUGCAGGGCAGCUGGCGCUCCCGGCGGCAGCGCCGGUGCUGCUCAACAGGCCUUUAAGUGUGGCUGUGGCGGCCGUCAAGGCUGAAGCCAAGAAGGCCAAGCAGGAGGCGAAGGAGGCUGAGCGGGCCGAAAAGAGAGAAAGUGAAAAGUUUGGGAAGGAGGAGCAACAGCUCAUUGAAGUGAUCUAUAAAGCCCUGCAGUAUGGGCCCAAGGACUUCAGGAGUCUGGCUGAGACGCAGGAAGGCUCCAAGAAAUGUUACAAUGUCUCCACGGUCUGGAGUGACCUGAAUAAAGCAGGCAAGGUGCGUGGAAAAGGAGGCUCCUUCAGCAAGUGGCUGAGGAACCUUCCGAUGAUUGAGAUGGGGGAGAUGUCCCAAACUCCUUGCGGCGCCCUGGUGGAGUACCGUGGCCCCAAGAUCCCCAAGAGGGCGAAGCUGACGGCAGCGCCUGCGCUGAUGGCGCUGCCCAUGCCGGAACCGCCGGUGCCGCAUGGCUUGCGAUGUGUGCCUAGAAAGCAGGCUGAAGUGAACCAGGAGGCUGAAGUGAAGGAGAGUCCAAAAGGAAAAUCCCGUUCGGGAAAGGGCAGUCCAGCGAAGAAGUAGAGAUUUUCACCCCCGGCUGUGCAACUCAGAGCUUUUGGGCUUAGAGGAAAA